CGCCGUUGGAUCUCCCCUCCUCGCCGUCACUCGCUGCCGGAUAAGGAACCAAUGCUUCGCACCGGCGGCGGAGCGCGAGCCACGGCGGCGGCGCAGCUGCUCUCCUCCUCCUCCUCGCCGCCGCCGCUCCGCCUCCCCCGACGCUUCCUCUCGCUGACGGCCACCCCCUACCCGCUCUACUACGACCUCCUCCUCUACCGCCCCUCCUACCCCAAUCCGCCCAAAUCCUCCGCCGCCGAUGACCGCCACACCCGGCCCACCGACGACCACCUCGACCGCGCCAAGCGCCGGUACCUCCGGAAGCGCCGCAGCCGCCUCCUCCCCGACCCCGACGCCACCACCGCCAAGCCCUCCUCCUCCUCCUCGUCGGAGUUCGUGGAGCUGAAGCCGGAGGUGGUGGACUUCCCGCGGCUGCACGCGCGGGAGGAGGCGCUCUACUUCCACGACGCGUUCGCGCUACCCUGGGAGAAGGACAAGCACUACCGCAUGCUCUACCGCCUCGAGAAGAAGUACUUCCCGGACCAAUCCCUCGACAACGCCUUCGUCCCCGCCGACGCCUCGCCGCCUUCCUCCGACGCCGCCGACAAGGGCCUCGUCUUCUUCGACGACGACGAUAACAACAAGGAGGCGGAGGUGAAGAAGAAGAAGGAUGGCGAGGAUCGAGGGGAGGUGUUGGAGAGGAAGGUGGAGGAUUUCUUCAGGUCAUUGAAGAAAGGCCCUGGCCAUGGCGAGGCUAACGUGAUGAAGGCGAAGAAGAAGGAGCCUCCGCAGGUGAGGCACGAGGCGGAUGAAUGGCCGCAGCCGCAUCUCGCGAGCAGGAGAACGGAGCUGCCGCCGAGGUGGAACGGCCCGACCGGGACAGUCGUGCUCAUCGACAAGCCCAAAGGCUGGACUUCAUUUACUGUUUGUGGAAAGCUGCGGCGAUUAGUGAAUGUGCAAAAGGUCGGGCAUGCUGGUACUCUGGAUCCAAUGGCAACUGGACUGUUGAUUGUUUGUGUGGGUAAAGCAACCAAAGUUGUUGAUAGAUAUCAAGGAAUGGUUAAAGGCUAUAGUGGUGUUUUUCGACUUGGAGAAGCUACAUCAACCUGGGAUGCAGAUUCACCAGUUAUCCAGAGAGAACCAUGGGAACACAUUAAAGAUGAAGAUAUUAGAAAGGUAGCAGCAUCAUUCAGGGGCGAGAUAUGGCAAGUUCCUCCAAUGUUUUCUGCCAUUAAGGUUGGUGGUGAAAAAAUGUAUGACAAAGCAAGGAGGGGUGAAACAGUAGAGCUUUCACCAAGGCGAAUAUCAAUACACCAGUUUGAUAUUGAGCGCAGUUUAGAAGACAGACAAAAUCUGAUAUUUCGAGUUAUUUGCUCAAAAGGAACAUAUAUUCGAUCCCUCUGUGCAGAUUUGGGGAAAGCGCUCGGAAGCUGUGCUCAUUUAACUGCCUUGCGGAGAGACUCAAUUGGCGACUUUUCAGUCAAUGAUGCUUGGAGUUUUGCUGAGCUGGAGGAACAAAUCACAAAGGGAUAUUUAUGAUUACUCACCAUGCCAUUUGGCAAAAUUGCAGCCAUCGUUGGGUUCAGUUUGAGUUUCAGCGCUUAGCGAACAAUUGCUUUCUUCCAAUCUUCCCUGGUAGGCAAUUGGUCGUUGAGUACUGAGAAGCUAUUAACCAACAGUAACGCUCAACCCAGAGAUCAGCACUUAAUCUGACGUUUCAGACCUUGGGGGAAAGGAAUUCAUUCUGGUGUCCCUGGACACUACGGAUGUAGCAGCUUUAUAUAUUGCAAUGAUGCAUACCUGAUGUAGCAUGCAUCCUAAAUUUUGAUGUGGAACAUUGUCAACAUUACGAUGAAAUAGAAUGUGGUUAUACUUGAUUAUGAAUUUAUGAUGAAAUAGAAUGUAGUAGUAGCAUCUCUUCUUUGUCGAGCCA